UCUAUAUUUAAUUUUUAAUUUUUAAAUGGUGGCCUUGUCAAAUAAUUUAUUGUUUGCUCGGGUUAUAAUUGAGUUGACUCGUUUCUAGCAGUGUUUGCAUCUCUAAGGUGAAAACCAAACCAAACUUUGCCAUAAACUGAGAACCAGAGGUAGGAACCAGUUCCAGUUGGCUGAUACGCAACCCAAAACAAAAAAAAAACAGAAAGAUGGGGGAGGCAAUACCGAAGGCAGUGAAAGAUAUGUGGGACAAAUGGAACAUCCGUGGUCUUGUCAUAUUCAGUCUUGUACUUCAGGCAAUCCUUGUUCUUCUCUCACCAAAUCGAAAACGAACACAAAGGGGACUUAUUCAAUUUCUCAUCUGGUCUGCUUACCUUUUAGCCAAUUGGUCGGCUGAUUAUGCUGUGGGUCAAAUCUCAGAUAGUUCAGGAGACAAGCCUGAACCACAGGAGUCGCCCAAGACAAACGAGCUCGUAGCGUUCUGGACAAUGUUCCUUCUGUUGCACCUUGGUGGUCCUGACACAAUCACAGCUCUUGCUCUGGAGGAUAAUGAGCUCUGGCUCAGGAGUUUGUUUGGUCUGAUGUGCCAAUUCAUUGCUACUCUAUACAUAUUCUUGCUAUCAAUACCCAACCGCCUCUGGGAACCAACAACACUCAUGCUUGUGGCUGGAGUCCUCAAGUAUGUUGAGAGGAUAGGAGGAAUGCGUGCAGCUAGUCUCGAGAGGUUCAAGAAAUUGAUGCCUGGGGAGCCCGAACCUGGAGUCGACUACUCGAGUUUCAUGGAGGAAUACAAGAUCAGGGAGAUUUCAAGAGAGCAUAGCGAGUUUGUCAGGGUCGAGGAGCCAGAGGAAAGGCAACGUGAAGUAAGGCCACAUGUUUUAACACAGCUCCAUGCUAUUCAAUAUGGUUAUAAGUACUUCAAUAUCUACAAAGGUCUUGUAGUUGAUUUUCUGUAUAGCUCUGAGCACUGGAUAGAGAGCAAGGAAUUUUUUCAGUCACUGGAGGCGGUUGAAGCUUUGAGUAUUCUGGAGGUAGAGCUCAGCUUCAUCUAUGGCACUCUAUUCACCAAAGUUGACAUCCUUCACACUUGGACUGGAGUUACUUUCCGCUUUAUAUCCUUGGGAUGCCUAUUUUCAUCCCUCUCCAUCUUCAAGACAUCUAGGAAAGAUGAAUAUGAUGGUUUUGAUGUGGGCCUUACUUAUGCUUUGAUCCUUGGUGGAAUCGCCUUUGAUUUCAUUUCCAUCCUCAUGUUCUAUGUAUCUGACUGGACGUUUGCUAGAAUGAGUAAGCCUAAGGAGGAGGUGGACGAUCCGAAUAACUGGCUCGAAGAAUUUCUCACUUGGUUCCUCCGUUUCAAGGAACUGAAGUGGAACAAGUGCAUGUGUCACGAGAAAGAAUAUCCCUCUCACAUGAUACUUGACCGACUCUUCAUAUUUCGCAGAUGGUCUGAGUACGUAUAUGGAUAUAACCUGAUUGGCUCCUCUCUAAGGAUAAAACCAAAGAGAAUCCACCACACCAAGGGUUACAUACACAAAACCUUUGACACAAUCAUUCGAAGCUUAUACAUAGAUCGUGCCAUCGGUAUCAUCAUCCGAGAAACAGUUCUCCUUUACAUAGCCUUGAAUCACAUCUAUGAGAAGAUAUAUCUAUACAUCAGUUACAUGUUCAUCGAGAAUCGGGUAAUGUAUUAUGUUCUCGAUCCUCCUCUCAGGCUUUUGAAUUAUUUUAGAUUCUGGUUUGUAAUACCUUUGAUCAAGUAUCUCUGGGAGUUCUUUAGCAUUACGGACCAGCUGAAUGAGAUCAUCUUUACAUCUCGAGAACGCCUCACCACAGAACUUUGGCAAGUCAUAUUUGAGGAGGUUCAGAAUAAAUGCCGCUUUGUUCUUGGCUCGGAAAGUUCCAGCUAUAUAUAUUCAGCUAGAGGUGGCUGGAUUCUGCGAGACAUGAAAAUCGAUGAAUACUACGAGAACUUGCUGCCAUAUAUUACUGACGUGGAUUACGAUCAGAGCAUCCUGGUAUGGCACAUUGCUACUGAGCUCUUACACCAAACAGACGAUAACAAUGCAAGACAUGACGUAUACAGAGAGGUCGGCAAAACCCUUUCAGACUACAUGAUGUACCUCGUAAUCGUGAAGCCUUCUCUGAUGUCAACAGUUUCAGGAAUUGAUAAGUUAAGAUUCAAAGCGGCAAUAGCAGAAAUCAAAAGAUUACAAGAGGCUAAAAAGCUGUUUGAGAGGACCCCUGUUGAAGGUUCAAGAGAUGCAAAGACGGCCUGUAAUGCAAUUCUAGACUACUAUAAGGCGGAUGGGCAAGGAAAUGAGAAUCCCCAAGGGUAUCGAAGCAAGUCUGUUCUGUUCCAAGCGAGCAUGCUAGCGCAGGAGCUUCAGCGGAUAGAAAUUCAGAUAAGCAAUAAGAAAAUGUGGGAAGUAGUGAGCAAAGUCUGGGUGGAGAUGCUUAGUUAUGCAGCAAAGCACUGUGAUCCUAAACAACAUGCAGCUCAACUCAACAUAGGUGGUGAACUGAUAAGUUUCGUUUGGCUUUUGAUGGCUCAUUUUGGUCUCGGACAUCAAUUCAGGACCACCAAGGAAGAUUCUAGAGCCAGACUCGUUUUGGACAAGACCACUACCUCUUGCCUUGUGUAACACCUUUUCCUGGUCUUUUUUGUAUGCGACAUCUUUCGCUAUUAUUGUUGAAUAAGAAUACAGCACUGUAACAAUCUGCUAAACCCUUACUCGUUCGGCCUUUCUUGCUCCAAUGUCAAACCAGAUAAUCUGAAAAUAGCUUCAAACA